AUGGCCAGCGUUACAAAGCUUGAACUUCGAACGGCUUUAGGUCCGGUAUUUCGGGAUGUAUUGCCUUACCCACCCCGAGACUGCACGGCGGAUGAAAUCCCGGUUAUCAACCUAGAGCCUAUGUUUUCCGAGAAGCUGGAUGACAGGAAAAGCGCCGCGGCUAGCAUUAGAUCGGCCGCGACGAAUAACGGCUUCUUCUAUAUCAGGAACCACGGGAUACCAGAGGAUACCAUCACACAGUGCAAAAAACAGGUCUUCAAUUUCAUGAGGCAACCACAGGAAAAGAAAGAUGCCGUGAGUUCUCGAGCGCAUAGCAAAUAUUAUAACGGGUACCUCGGAAACAAGAAGGCGCAGAUCUCUCGUAACGAGACUGCCGAUGUCCGAGAGUCGUUCUCGUUCCGCUAUCACCCACAGCUUGAUCCGGACCAUCCAGUGGCUAUUUCUGAGAUUCCAGAAGAAGUGAGAUCAUGGAUCCGCGCAGAGGAAUUUGUGUGGGAAGGCACUGCUCAUCUUCCCAAUUUCAAGCGAGAUGUCCUUGCUUAUUGGGGUAGUUGUCUGACAUUGGCUAGAAAACUCGUGAGAAUGUUUGCUCUUUCGUUGGGCCUGGAAGAAUGUUACUGGGACGACAAAGUCACGUAUCCGGGAGCCGACGGCGUCUUCAAUUAUUACCCACCAAGAACCGCAGAGGAAGUUCAAAAUCGAUUUGUCGGUCUUGGAAGUCAUACGGAUCUGCAACUGUUUACACUUCUCUGGCAAGACAGCAUAGGGGGCUUGCAGAUAUUGUCGAAAGAAGGGCAAUGGCUGAAGGCCCCCCCGAUUGAAGGGACUCUUGUUGUGAAUAUCGGAGAUUUCAUGAUGCGACUUUGCAACGACAUAUACAAAUCUACCGUCCACAGAGUUACGAACGAAAGCAAUGCCGAACGUGUUUCCAUGCCAUUCUUUUUUGGCCUUAAUUUCAAUUGUGUCGAGGGAGUUGUACCAUCAUGUACCUCGGAAUCAAACCCAGCAAAAUAUGAGCCCAUAUCUUGCGGUGAUUGGUGCCAGAUGAGAUUUAAGAUGGAGAGGGACGAAUUUCUUAAGAAAGAGGAAGCGAAGAAGGCGUUGGCUCCCAGUGCUACUGUGGUUGCUGCAUGAACGUCUGAAUCAUUGACGGUUAGAUUUAUAAAACCUUCUGAAUAAGCUCGAGGACAUCGAAGAAAGCUUCGCGAUCGGGCUUGAGUGUCUUCAGUCCAAGCCCGACGACCAGCGUACGUUCCUCAUUCGAAUUACGCCUUGCAACGUGGCUGGCGAUUUGAACGGCGUAAAGUUGUGCUAGAGAUUCGCGCUCUUCUCCACCACCACCAAACAGAGUCUUCGGAGUUAGGUGGGACAUAGGUAGGAGGUUAGGAUUGGCCAGGGCCAUGUCUACUGAAGCUGAUGAUGGGGCUGAGAGCGGGACUUGAAGCUAUUAUAGACUUAGUAUUACAGCCUUAUGUUAGAUUUAUUCAAGUAUGAAUUACCCAUUGUGACAGUCUGCCUUCUUGAGAUAGAGUAAUGAGGAUUUUGUCUGAGAAGUGCAGAACAGAAGCUUCAGUGGGAAGUCCGUCAAUAGAGCCAAUGGCAAAUUUCGACUGAGCCGGAAAUGGCUCUUCAACGACUCGUGAGGCAUCCAUGGCUUAAUGAUUUCGAAUUUAGAAGUUGCUAUAAGAGAAAG